GAAUGGAGACGAAGACGAAGCUUUUAUAGAUCAGAUGAUGCUAGCAAAGCUAACAUGCUGGGUUUCUAGUAAAGCAAACUGCACGUUUGCUCCAAGCUAGCUGGUUAGCAACAGUGUUUCAUAUAGUUGUUAUCGAACUCUUUAUCUGAUUUAGCAGCAAACACAGCGAAUCACAUAGAGAAAUAAAGAUGAAUUAUUCGGAUUACGACUCGGACGGUUAUUCCUCAAAUGAGGAUGAAGACUAUGUCCCUUCUGAUGAUAAUCUGAGCGAGGAUGAUAUGAAUGAAUGUGUUAAGGAGGACGCACUGGAAGGGGAAGAUGAUGACGCGCAACGGUCAGAGCACGUGAAAACGAAAAAGAAGAAAGCUAAAGCAAACAUUCCUAUGAGGAAAAGGAAAAAAGGAGGCCUUAAACUGGAAGGAGAUGGUGAGGGUGGAUCAGCAGACCAACAGAAAGGUGAAGAUGAGCCAAAAGAAGAUCAUUUUGUAACUAACGUGUCAAAAGAAAACAACGAAGAGAAGCAGAAGAAGAAAGCAGAUGAUCUUUGGGCUAGUUUUUUAAGUGAUGUUGGCCCUCGACCCCAAGCUGCAGCUCCAAGUACAGGUUCUCAGCAGUCUACAUCUACAUCUGGUACAGACAAGCCUAGUAAACCCUCUACAACGUCUCGGCAGCAGGAGGACAAACCAAAAGAAUCCUCCAAAAUCACAAUUACCAAGGUGUUUGAUUUUGCAGGAGAAGAAGUUCGGGUCACGAAAGAGGUAGACGCAGACUCGCGAGAGGCCAAAAGUUUUCUAAAGAAUGAGGAGAAGGCUUUGAAGCAGAAAGAAGAGGUCUCUGAGCCACAGGCAUCUGUACCGCUCUCCUCUGAAUCCAGUGCGAAGAGGCCAGCGGGCAUGGGGAGCAUCCUGAAUCGCAUCGGGGCCAAAAAGCAGAAGAUGAGCACUUUGGAGAAGUCUAAGAUGGACUGGGAUGCCUUUAAAACGGAGGAGGGCAUUACAGACGAGCUGGCAAUCCAUAAUCGAGGCAAAGAAGGGUAUGUGGAGCGAAAGAACUUUCUAGAGAGAGUGGACCAGCGACAGUUUGAGUUGGAGAAGACUGUGCGACUGAGCAACAUGAAACGGUGACAAGAGGAGAGCGCAGACACAUUCACUGAUCAAAACACAGACUGUCCUAUUUUCACACACACCCUGCAUACAGUUUUCAUUGUCAUACUGGCGUGUAGCCUUCAAAAAACAAAAAACGGUCUGAUUUCACAAUCAAAUGUACAGCUCCCGUAUUGUCUUAUUUUCCAAUAUUGCAUGUCCACUUCUAUCAGGGCUUUUUCAACCUGAAAGAAGAACAGCUCAAGAUGUUUUCUUCAAGCAGUUCCUCAUAAACCUCAUUUUAUAAUUCACUGAGGUAUGUCAGCCACACCUAACCAUUCAAUAACAGUGACAUUAAUGGGGAAAAAAAACCUCAUUAAGAUGCACAGAUAAGGGAUUUCAUCUUAGACUGACAUACUUAGCUUUUUUUGACAGUGAAGAUUUUUUGUAAAUGUAAACGUCCUAUAGUAUCGCUCUUUACACACAGCCUUCAGGUCUGUUCUUUUUUUGAUGGUGAAAUAUAAGAGCUCAGUUGUUUUUGUUUUUUCCAUGCAUACUUAAUACUGUCUUGAGAAUUUAUUUCACUAAGAGUGGUUGUAUGGUAAUUACCCCACCGUCGUUUUAAUCGUGUUUCACUGUUUGACAGAAAUAAAUCAUGUCAAUGGGUUUAAACGCUUUCUUUUUAAA